CCCGUUUACACAAUGGCCGCUGUCUUGGCCGCCGCCGACAAAGAAUCAGAUGAAUACACACGACUGGUUCGUCCCGCAGCUAAUGAUGACAACUAUGUCGUCGACGACGACGCCGACGAUGACGACAAUGAAGAUAUGGUAACCGAUUCGUCAUCUAUGGAACCGUUUGAUAGACUAUCCAUAGUGAAGAUCAGCUUCGGUUUGAUUGGUUUGUCUCAAUUGAUUCCCUGGAACUUCUUGAUCACUGCCAGCGAUUACUGGAGUUACAAGUUUCGCGAUACCAACGCCACCAAUGGUAGUCACUAUUAUCAGACAGCUAUCACCGAUGAUGGUCAACCAUCACCAGCACAUCAAUUGACACCAUUGCAAAAGUACUUCGAGAGCUAUCUGGCUAUAGCCACGAAUGUACCGUUUCUGGUUGUUUUGGCUAUCAAUGCAUUUUACGGGCAUAAAAUUAGCGAUGCCAUCAAAAAUAUGGGCUCUUUUGUGACAAUUAUCCUAAUAUUUAUCUUAACGACAAUUUUCGUCAAAAUCGAUACCGACUAUUAUCAGCAAACAUUCUUCGGCAUAACCAUCGCGACGAUUGUCUUGUUGAGUACUGCGGCCGCAUUCCUCCAGUCCAGUCUAUCGGGUAUUGCAUCGCUGUUUCCCGCUUUGUGUAUGCAAUCGAUGAUCAGCGGUCAGGCUAUGUCCGGACUGUUUGCCGCCGCGGCUCAGAUACUGGCACUGAUGGGCGGUUGGGAUGCAUCGACCACUGCUCUGUACUACUUUAUUAUGGCCGACCUGACCCUCAUUGUCAGUCUAGUCCUAUAUUUAUAUUCAAAGAAAACUGAUUACUAUCGCUAUCAUAAACAUCGUGUUAAUCAAAGUCGACGCCAAUUGACUACAUUUGUAUCGGCGAGUGACCAAAGUUUUUACCGAUCGAUAAUAUAUUCGAUUUGGCCACAUUUGACAUCGGCUAUGCUAGUCUUUUGGGUAACGCUAUCGGUAUUUCCGGCCAUUACUGUACUGGUUGUACCCGAAUCGCCCAAUUCAUCCCAAUGGACGGGAACCUAUUUCAUACCCGUAACAUGUUUUCUAUUGUUCAAUUUAAGUGAUCUGAUGGGCCGGUUUGCCGGCCGUUUUUGCCCGAUACCGGCCUACCGACGGUGGACAUUGUUGUUGGUCAGUGCCGGCCGAAUAGUAUUGAUACCGUUACUCAUGCUAUGUAAUGUUCAUCCCCGUGCCGGCCACUUGCCGGUAGUAUUUCUGAAUGAAAUGUAUUACAUAUGGUUUGUUACGGCACUGGGUUUCAGCAACGGCUACGUACUGAUGAACGUAAUGGUCAGCGGACCGACAUUUGUGGCCAACGAAUACAAAGAGAGCGCCGGGUUUUUCUUGGUCUCGUUUAUCGGUCUCGGGCUGACUCUCGGCUCGUUUACGUCAAACAUUUUGCUACGAUUGUUGUGAACAGAGAGAGAGAGAGAGAGAGAGAGAGAGAGAGAGAGAGAGAGAGAGAGAGAGAGUACAGAGAGAGAGAGAGAGAAAGUACAGAGAGAGAGAGAGAGAGAGAGUACAGAGAGAGAGAGAGAGUGCAGAGAGAGAGAGAGAGAGAGAGUACAGAGAGAGAGAGAGUCGAUUAAAAAACAAUACAUUUAUUUAUAAGACAUUUAAUUAAUUAAUUUUAGUUUGAAUUUAUUAUUAUUAUUAUUGAUAGUAUU